CCAGCCCCUGAAAAGAAGUCUAGAGUCAGGCCAGGGUUAGGAUGGGGGUGGGGUACAGGGAGGCAGAGGCUUUGAAAGUCAAAUGAUAGGAAAAAGAUACUAAAAGCCCUCAAUUUUUCCCUCCCAAGAGUUCCCUUGCUCUCUUAGGAAGUCUUUAACCUGCUGGUUGCAGAGCUUGCCUGGAAGAAUUAGAGGAAUUCUUAACAGCUGGAGAGAGAAGUCCUUGCGUUCCCUGAGUCUUUUUCUUUUACUCAACUCUGGGGAAGUCACUACAUUAGAAGGAGCUUGAUACAACAUUUUGUCCAUCCCUCUGGUAUCAAACUUAACUGGCUCAGUCAGGAAACAAAACCGAGGUGGGUCCAGGAGGAGUCCAUGGGUGUAGUGAUCCGGCGGUGAGGGAGGGCUUUGGUCCAGUUCAUUUGUGCGGAUGGGCUGCCCUCUGGCGGCUGCCUCCGGUGCCAUCCGGCGUGAAACCCUUGAGACACCCUGUCGGACCGACCGCAUUGGUCGGCAGAAGGAAUUGCCUUAGGAGUCAGGUGACUGUUGGAAAACGAAAAUUAAGUACACCCGCUCCCUUCACAGGGAACAGGUGGGGUAAAAAACCUUUCGAAUUCGAUAGGCCUGCCCCGCCCCCCACCUACGCCCUGCUUACGGUCGUUUUACGACAGUGUCCGACCGAUCGCAGGCUUGCUUUCAGGCAGCGUGGUCUGACGCUUCGCUCAAUUUCCGACAGCGUAGCUUUGGUUUCUCCCCCCGGCUUUGGGGUUGGAAGGUUCGAGUCCCACGACGGGAAUGAGCCUCUUUGAUCUCUUUCGGGGAUUUUUCGGCUUUUCUAGACCUCGGAGCCACAGAGAUCCCUUUUUUGGAGGGAUGACUCGCGACGAAGAUGAAGAUGAUGAGGAAGAGGAAGAAGCCACAUGGAGCCAGGGGAGCUCGAGGUUUGAAGAUCCCCAGCCUCCCGAGGAAUUUGGCUUUGGCUUCAGCUUCAGCCCAGGAGGAGGAAUGCGUUUCCACGAUAAUUUCGGCUUCGAUGACUUAGUACGGGAUUUCAAUAAUAUCUUCAGCGAGAUGGGGGCCUGGACCUUGCCUUCCCGUCCUCCUGCAUCCACCUGCCACCUUUCUGCAGAACUUCCAGGUCCUGAGUUAGAGACACCUGGUGAGAGACGGCAGGAAGGGCAGACACUUCGGGACUCAAUGCUUAAGUAUCCAGAUAGUCACCAGCCCAGGAUCUUUGGUGGGGGUCUGGAGAGUGAUGCAAAAACUGAAUCCCCCAAACCAGUACCAGACUGGGAUUCCCAGAGACCUUUUCAUAGGUUUGAUGAUAUGUGGCCUGUGACCCCCAGUUCUAGAGCCAGAGAGGAUAAUGAUCUUGAUUCCCAGGUUUCCCAGGAGGGCCUUGGCCCAGUUCUGCAACCCCAGCCCAAAUCCUAUUUCAAGAGCAUCUCUGUGACCAAGAUCACUAAGCCAGAUGGGACAGUAGAGGAGCGCCGGACUGUGGUGGACAGUGAGGGCCGGAAAGAGACCACAGUAACCCAUCAAGAGGCAGGUGACAGUCCUAGAGAUGGUCCAGAAUCAGCAACACCUCCAUCCCUGGAUGAUGCCUUUUCCAUCCUGGAUUUGUUCCUAGGACGUUGGUUCCGGCCCCGGUAGCCUUGUGAACCCUCACAGGCCUUUAGGUUCUUUCUCUCUCCCACCCUUUGCCUGCUGUCAGUGGGCUUAGUUCUUCUCCUGCCACCUCAGGGCCUUGCGUGUGUGGAACAGUGAAUUGGGGGUAUGUUAGUAUGUCACUCACCCUAAUGACCAAUAAAACCUUUAUUUAUGCUAA